AUGACGGACUUAUCUCAAAUCACCGCAAGCGGAAACUUCUCACCGGUCAACGGUGACGCCGUCAAAACUCACACUCCCGAGUUGUACGUGAACGCCAACGUGCUUCAGCGCUCCAUGAACCUUAGGGUGCUGGACCUUCUGCAGACGUCCUUCCAAGCCGAACCCAACGAUUCGCAGCAGUUCUUGGACCUGGGCUGCGGUAGCGGAGAUAUGACCCUGAAUCACCUGCUUCCACGCUGCCAGCCUUGCCGAAGACUCCUUGCCGUCGACGUCUCGAGGGACAUGAUCGAUUACGCCAGCCAGAACUUCAGCCAUCCGCGGAUCAGCCAUGAUGUGUACGACAUCCAGCAAGAUCCGUCGAGCUUGAUCCUGAAGCAUGGGCGGUUUAAUCGAGUCUACUCUUUCUUCUGUUUGCAAUGGGUAAAGAACCAGAGAACAGCGAUGAAGCACGUCGCUGAGCUGAUGGUUCCUGGUGGAGAAUGUAUGCUGUUGUUCCCUGCCAGGGCCCCUGUGUUCCGGGUGUGGCGCAGGAUGUGUCGGAUGGAACGCUGGAAGCAGUACUCGGAGCUCUGCGAGAGGCAUAUUCCGACCAGCCAUGACAUGAUGAAAAAAACGACGCUGAUUUCGUACAUGGAAGGUCUUCUGGAAUCUGCGGGCUUAAAACAUCGCACAUGCGAAGUGAUCAGCUCUUUUCAGGGCAGCAACGUCUUGAGCCAAAUGAUCGACUGCCACGUUGCUGUGAACCCAGUGCUUCCACUGGUUCCGGAGUCUGAGAGGCCGGACUACCUCCGAGAGCUGAAGGAGGAGCUUUACAAGUUUUGGACGGAGGGGACUCCUGACUCCUUCCAGUACACUGCAGAUUAUUUUCUUGUGCAUGCCAGUAAACCUAAGGUUUAA